AGCUGCCCUCCCGUAACUCAGGAACAUCUCCAGGGCAUUGACACAGGUAUCGUUCAAGAGGUCCUUCACCGCCUCAACGAGGGUUGUGUCGUUCUGGAGGACAUCCCUGACGUACCGUGCCAGGUGGAUGUGUCUCCUGCCCAUGGGCUGCAUGCACUGCCCUGAGGGGAAUAUCCUGUCCUGCCAGUUGUGCCUGGCGUGUCUCGGCCUGCACAGAACAGACCCCGCCAUCCACUGUGCACUGCCAGGUGGAUGUGUCUCCUGCCCAUGGGCUGCAUGCACUGCCCUGAGGGGAAUAUCCUGUCCUGCCAGUUGUGCCUGGCGUGUCUCGGCCUGCACAGAACAGACCCCGCCAUCCACUGUGCACUGCCAGCUUGGCAUUCAGGGAAGGAGAGGGGGAGGAUGUCGCUGAAGCCGUUCACCUACCCAUUGCCCGAAACAAGGUUCCUUCACGCUGGCAGGCUCGUGUACAAAUUUAAAAUCCGCUAUGGCAACUUUAGCAGUGCUCCCGAUCUCAGUCUUGCUGAAAGUGCUGCCAAGGAGUCAGAGGAAGUGAUUCGAGUAAUCCUUGGAAAUCUUGAUGACUUACAUCCAUUUUCUACAGACCACUUCACUGUGUUUCCAUAUUUGAGUAAAUGGGAGAGAGUAUCGAAGAUGAAAUUCAAACAUGAGAAUGUCCAUCUUGUGCCUUAUCCCUACAUUUGCACAUUGUAUCUGGAAUUGAACUCAUUUCAGCAAAAUACGUCUUGUGGUAAAGAAGUAAACAGAGGCAGUGAUGAGCUUGUCAGGAGAAGAAAUGACAUAUCAGAAAGUACUGCAGUGGAAGAAGCAGUGAAGAGGAGGAGAGUGGAAGUUGGAGCAGAGAAUUCAUGCCCACAAUGGCAUAUGGACAGAACUGGAGCUGAUUGUGCUCAUCAGAUGAGUAAAGCAGAGCAUGGAUUUGAAAAGAACUCUUCCAAGGCAAACGAGUGCAAGUUUAGCCCAGCAUCCCUUAGUAAAGACUGGAAACGUGUGGAAUCUGCCCCUGAACAAGGAACAGCAGCCAGUCAGGCUGAGGGUGCAGUGCAGCUGCUGCAGCAAAUGGACCAAACAGGAAAGAAAGGAAAUGGGAAGUCGGAAGGAAGAAGUCUCUCAACGUUCUGGAGAAGCAUCAUCUUUUCGCCACUACAGCACCUUUUUGGUGGAAAGAACUGACCUGGUAGUACUGAUUGUUGUGGAAAGGUAAAUUUGUAGCAUGAUUGUUGGGUUGUGUUGUUUCUUCUGUAAUUCAGUUUUUCACGUUGCUUGUCUCAGCUGUUAAAAUCUUUAAAUUAAAUUCUACUUCGUUUCCAUUUUCAUGGUAACAUUCAGAAGAUGCUGGGUUAGAAUGUCUUUUUCUUCACAACUUAGAGCUUUUGGAAAUAAAGUAGUAAAAAACUUUUGAGGUUUUGAUCCUUAAGCGUCAUAACUUGUGAAUUUAACAUUUUUGUGAGAUUCUAAUAAAGCAAGCAUUGGCUUGGAA